AUGAAAUAUUGCAUAUUAUUGUUCUAUCUCGCUUUUGUAGCAUCAUCAUUUAAAGUGAAUAGAGAUGAUCAAUUCAUUGUAGAUACAGAUGGUUUAAGAAGAGUAUUUCAUGGGUAUAAGUUAUAAUCAUACAUAGAGUAAAUGUUGUAUACAAAUUGCCUCCCUAUUAUCCACCAAUAUCAGAAGGAUUUGAUUCUAAUGAUUCAUUAUCCGAUUUUGAUUUAGACAAUUUAGUCUCUUGGGGAAUGACAUUCAUAAGAUUACAUGUAGCAUGGGAGGGAGUCGAACCAGUUAGGGGAUAAUACAAUUAUACUUAUUUAGAAGAGAUUGAAAAAAUAGUAAAAAGAUGUGAAGCCAAAGGAGUUACAGUGUUAUUAGACUCACAUUAAGAUGUAUUGAAUAGAUUCUUUUGUGGAAAUGGAUUCCCUGAUUGGACAAUUGCCAGAACUAAGUCAAAGGAAUUUAAAUUCCCUUAUCCAUAUAUUUUUUCUAAGAUCCAUACUGAUGAUGAUGGAGUUCCUUUGAUUGAAGAUUGUUUAAAGAAAAAGUUUGUUCUAUAUUAUUUAACUGCUGAAGCUUCUAAAACUUUCUAAAAUCUUUUUGACAAUAAAGAAGGAAUAGCUGNUUAAUUAAUAUUUAAUUUUAGUUUGAACAAUUAAGAAAAUCAUAUGAGUAUUUAAAAUCAAGUAAUAAAAUUUGUUAAGAAGAAAAAGAACAAUAUUUUAAUCUUUCUCAUAAUUUUGAAUAGGAAAAUUUAAAACUUAAAUAAAAUCUUGAGAAAUAUCAAGUAUUAUAUUAAAUAAUUUCUAGACUGCUCAUGAUUAAAUAAAGACUUAAUUUGAUUAAUAUUAAAAUGAAACUUAUUCUUCCUAUCAAAUACAAUGUACUUAACUACAAUAAAUCAAAGAUAAUGAGAUAAAAUAAUUAAAAAUUGAAUUGA